AUGGAAGGUAGUUCAGACAGGGAAUGUGAUACAACUUUGAACAAGGCAAAUGCUAUUGUUCAAGGUAUUAUGAAAAAAAUCAAGCCAACUAUAGACGGUAAGAGGCGGAGGGACACAGUCCUUCGUUAUGUGAGACAUAAGGUUCAAUCCAUCGAUAAAUCGUUACUUGUUUCUGCAUAUGGCUCUUGGCCCCUACGUACGUUCCUGCCAAAAUCUGACGUGGACAUAGUCGUAAUCGGAAAUAUCGGUUUACAAGACAUCAAACAUGUGUUUGAAGAAGAUUCUGAGUUUAGAAACGUGAUAACCCAUGGAAGUGGCACGGACGCGGAAAUUUUAAGAUUUUUUGUGGGAAGAAUGCAGGUGGACCUAUGUGUUAAUCAUGAUGACGGGCUAGCCUCUAAUCUUUUUAUGGAAAUGGUGAAUAGAAUCUUCAUGCGAAACAAUCUUUUUAAGGAGAGUAUAUUACUGGUGAAAGCUUGGUCCUCGAUUGAGGCAAAAAUCUUGGCUCCGGGUUUAUUAACGUCCUACUCUAUUCAAGUAAUGGUGAUGCACGUGUUAUUAAACUUGCCUGGAAAAAAUGUUACACCAUUCGAGGUGUUCAAAAGGUUCUUAGAAACCUACUCACGCUUUGAUUGGGACAAACUUGCAAUGGGUAGGAGAGGCGUUAUAAAACUCUAUGAAGUCAAUGAUUUACAAACCGCUUAUACAGGACAUCCAGAAUUUGAUCUUCUGACUCCAUGUUUGGAGUAUUGUGCCUCUGAGACAAAUUCUGGGAAGCCCCCAGUGUGCAAAAAAGAUGGGUUUGUGAAGGCAGAUAUGAACAUCAUUGACCCCAUAAACAGGUUCAAAAAUUUGGCUUACAAGGUGACUAGGCCCAGGUUGAAAAAGGGGGAUUAUAAAGUGAAUAAGCCCGACAAUAUGAGAUCGAAUGAAAAAACAAGAGCAUCAAACGACAUGCCAGGUGGUUAG